UAUCGGCGAGCGGGUUUGCUUUUUUGCAAAUUUUUUCAAUUUUUCAUAAGUAAAAAAUACAAAAAACACAUCAGCAAAAUGACCAACGCAUGGAGAGCAGCUGGGCUUACCUACAUCCAAUACUCCAACAUCUGCGCUCGUGUUGUGCGCCAAGCGCUGAAGGCCAAUUUGCGAACCGAUGCUGCUAAGCGCAAUGAGACCCAUGUGAGGUUCACUCCUUGGGUCGAUGGAAAACCAGCACAUGAAAAGUAAAACAGCAUCGAGCUAAACAUUUGUUUAAAUUAUAAAAAAGUAUGCGAUGUAGUAAGUGAAAAUAGACAUCAGUUGUUUCGUUUCCCAAUUAAUUGGUUAAACAACUAACGUUCUUGUUUUUUGCUUGUUUAACUUUUUCCUCUAUGUUUUAUAUACGAUUCCUGCUUUCAAACAACGUGUCGUACACAGAAUCCAAAUAUAAACAAACAAAAAUCUCCUGCUUUAAAAAAGUAUUCCUGCCAAAUG